AAAUGCCUCUCUUUUGAUGAUUCUGUCGCAAAUCACAUAAUGGCUACGCCAACCAGGUUCCACCACCCCAACAACCACCCAAACCCUCACUCCGCCUCCAAAAUCAUCAUCAUCUUCUGUCUCUCUUCCUUUCUCGGCCUCGCCCUCGUCGCCAACCUCUUCCGCACCUCCCUUUCCUCCCACUAUCUCUCCAUCGCCACCAACUGGGUCGACACCAACGCCCCCAUCCUCCUCAUCCCCAAUUCCACCGCCACACCCCACACCAAAGACAAACACCACGGAAAAGGUGGGACGAGUGGAAAAAGGAGGGGUCCUGAUAGAUUCCUUUCAUCUACAUUUGCAGACUUGCCUGCUCCCGAAUGGCAUUGGGAGCAGAUGCCUUCGGCUCCGGUGCCUCGGCUAGAUGGGUACUCUGUACAGAUUAAUAAUAUGUUUUAUGUGUUUGGAGGAUAUGAACAUCUUGACCAUGUGCACUCCCAUGUUGAUGUGUUCGAUUUCAACGUCAACAAGUGGGUAGAUGAGAUUAAAAUGCCAAAGGAAAUGGCUAAUUCCCAUUUGGGUGUGGCCACAGAUGGGAGGUAUAUAUACAUUGUCUCAGGACAAUAUGGCACCCAAUGCCGAGGGCCUACGACGGCUUCCUUUACGCUAGACACUGUCACAAAGAAAUGGAAACCUUUGCCACCAUUACCCGAACCUAGGUAUGCUCCUGCUACUCAAUUGUGGAAAGGAAGACUCCAUGUCAUGGGUGGUAGCAAAGAGAAUCGCCAUACACCUGGACUUGAACAUUGGAGUUUGGCUGUGAAGGAUGGAGAAGCAUUGGAACAACAAUGGCGAGACGAAGUUCCCGUUCCACGCGGUGGACCGCAUAGGGCUUGCGUUGCAGUCGGUGAUCGACUUUUUGUUAUUGGUGGACAAGAGGGUGAUUUUAUGGCCAAACCUGGUUCACCCAUAUUCAAAUGUUCACGCAGGGUCGAGGUGGUCUACGGAGAUGUUUACAUGCUGGAAGCAGACAUGAAAUGGAAAAUUUUGCCAACUAUGCCAAAAGCAAAUUCACACAUAGAAUGUGCAUGGGUUAUUGUGAACAAUUCCAUUGUCAUCACUGGAGGUACCACAGAAAAGCACCCAGUAACAAAAAGGAUGAUGCUUGUUGGGGAGGUUUUCCGGUUUGAUUUAAACACCAUGACAUGGUCAGUGAUUGGAAAGCUUCCUUACAGAAUAAAAACAACAUUAGCUGGUUUUUGGAAUGGGUGGCUGUACUUCACAUCAGGACAGAGGGACAGAGGACCAGAUAACCCUCAGCCAAAACAGGUCGUUGGAGAAAUGUGGAGAACGAAAUUGCAUUUGUCUUAGUUUGAGAUAAGAAAGCAGCAUUUUGUGAAAAGCUUUGUUUCUGCUCUUCUUUUUGUUUUGUUUUUUUCUUUCUUUCCUAUUUUAGGUUCACAUUGUUGCAAGACGCUUAUUCAAAUUAUUUAUCUUUUCCUUUUCAAUUAA